AUGUCUGGCGCUAGAAACCCACGCUCGGACAGGGUCAGGGGUUGGAUUUUGGGACUGGUCACUGGUGGCAGGCUGGCCGAUCGCGUUGAGAAUGCUCGCGGUGCUGGAUCUACAAUGCUGCGACGCACCCCGUCCUGCUUUACCUGCACGCUUCGAUGCGAUUGCGCUCGGCUUACUUGCAAAAAGAGGGGAGCUCGGGAGGCGGGGACGGCUACAGGAGAGUUCGCCCUGAGCCGUAGUUCUGUCGCGAAUUACCCGGUCUAUCUGGACGCUUUCCGUGGAUUCAUGGAUCCAUUCAACUCUCAACUCGCUUCGCUUCGCAACACUGAAGCCGAUCGAAUUAUUUGCUCAUUCAUUUUCUUUCACUUGACGCUGCAGAUCCAAUUCAAAGCGAUGCUCUGUUCGAGCCAAUCCGCACGCGUAGGACGGAUGUCGGGGCUGGAGCGAGAUUCCUGCACUCCACACACCAAGAUGCAUGUGCCAGUCAUGAUGGAGCGAUGUUUAAAGGCGCAUUUGCCCUGGCUUGGGUGA